GCAAGACCUUCAUGUAUCAGAAACUUUACCACAGAUGGUUGCCCUUUCCGAGGCAUACAUGCAGGUAUAUGAGCAGCAGCAUUGAUUGCCGUUGUAUACUUUACCGAAAGCUGAGGUUUCGUACUUUGACCAGACAUGCCCGAUGGGAGCUGCGCAUCGAGUCCGAAAAUUGGAAGCAUCACCAAAGAGACAAUGGAAGCAUCAAUAUUGCGAAAAUUGGAGCCGGAUAUGUUGGCUAUGAUCACAGGAUGGGUGCAAGCCGAAUUCACUAGCUUCAUCAAGGUGUGGCUAUUAGCCCUUUUCUGUCUAUCUUACUGCUAUUUUGCAGCAAAGAUUCUCCCGAAAGGCGCUGCACGUCUGGUUGCAUUCCUUCCAGUGGCCGGGUUCUUCCUCCUCACGCCAUUUCAGGUCCGUUUUAUUUACCUCCAAAUCAUCGUCAGUCUCCUUCUUUCCUGGGUCGCCACUGUCAAAGUCUGCAUGUUUGCCUUCGACAAUGGCCCUUUAUCCGACCCCUCACUUUCGCUACCAAAGUUUCUCUCUAUUGGUUGCCUUCCCAUCAAGAUUAAAUUUCAAAAUGGCGAUUCGCGGCACGGCGAAAAGAGGCCUAAGUUAUUCUUGAACUAUGCCAUUAAGGUUGUUCUGUUGUUGGCUAUGGUGUUUGUUGCUUGUACUUAUGCUGAUCAUAUCCAUCCCAAGAUUGCUCUAAUUAUUUACGGUAUGUGUAUAUACCUGCCCUUGGAGAUUCUACUUGCUGUUGUUGCAGCCAUGACUCGCAGCCUUCUCGGCGUGGAGAUGGAGCCCCAGUUCGACGAGCCUUAUCUGUCGACGUCAUUGCAGGACUUCUGGGGGAAGCGGUGGAACCUCGUGGCGAGUCGAAUGUUUUACUCGGCAGUGUACGUUCCCGUGAGGAAAUUCUCGGCUGCGAUAAUCGGGCCGAGAUGGGCAGCGCUACCGGCAGUGAUGGCGACCUUUUGGGUGUCGGGGUUGAUGCACGAGCUCUCGUUUUUUCAGUUGGGAUGCCCGAUGCCGACGAGGGCGAUCACUUGGUUCUUCCUACUGCACGGUGCGUGUUUGGCGAUCGAGAUAGGUGUUAAGAAGAGAGUGAAGCUCGAACGGAGGUUUCCGAGGGUUGCCAGCAUUGUCUUGACCGAUGGGUUUAUUAUCGCCACGGCGUUGUGGCUAAUCCUACCGCAGAUCUUGUGGUGUAAGCAGCUCCGGGCAAACUUCACGCCGUGGCUAAUGCAGAGUUCAAACACAUUCCGUAAAGGAGGGUCUAAUGGUAAAAAAUGGAGUUGUGAUCGUAACCCAUCUAUUCAAAUCCGAUGCUUCCAGGUCACCUAGUAUGAUUUGUCUUAUCGGGUUUAAUUUGUAUGCUAUUAAUUUCGGUUACAAGAUUAAGGCUACUACUGCAGUUCACACGUUAUUUUUUUUUUAAAAAAAAAGGUUUGUUGCAUUAUACAUGUAAUUAUGGGUAAUUUACCUGCAACUCCAACUCCGAAUCAGAAUGUAUGCAAAAAUAGGUGGACAGCUUGUUUAUCUUAUUGGCUAUUUGU